UGCCAGCCCCCCCCGGCCACACCUCGCUUUGCGCAUGCGCCAAGUCCUCUCUGGGCGGUGCGCACGCGUCGAACCCUCUAUCCUCCUUGCGUCGCCCCCUGCUCUUGGGAUCCUCCCGCCUCUUUUUUUCCGCACAUGCACCGCCCGCCACUUAUCCAGCGCAUGCGUUGCCCGAUGGCGCCCGCUUUACCCGCGCUUGCUGUCUCGCGCGGCAGUAGCGUUCUCUUGGCCCGUGCGCGCCGCCUGAUCCCUUUCCCGCCAGAACAGAGCUGAGGCGCUGAGCGCGCGCCUGACUCUCCCCUCCCAGGCGAGAAAUGGGGAAGGUGGCGAGAGGGGAACCGGCGCCUGAGGGGCAGCUUCAGCCAUGUUGCUGGCUGCUGCUGUGAGGGGCAGAGAGCCCCCCACACCGUUACUGUAAAGCACCACACCCCUCAGUCUAGCCAGACAAUAAACCAGGACAGCCCUGCCCUAAAUCAAGGGCAGAGUGGUGCACAGGUAGGUGCAGUGAUGCAGGGUAACGGUGACCACUGCACCAAUCCUCAUCCCGCAUUCUGCGUGCACAGCCUCAAACGACAUGUUUUGUGGCAGGAUAAGUCCCUUUACCAUGACACUGGCAAUUUACAAGGUAACAUUGGAAUGCUAGUGCUAGCCCACCUUGGAUGCCUGCAUGGUGUCCAAAUCUCAACAUGCUGCACCAUCCAAAAUGCUGACAUGUAACCUCUUAGCUGGUGCUGUCAAAACCAUACAUUUUGGUGCCGUUGCGUCUUGGAACCCUUAGAAACGCCUUGUUGCAUCCCAGUGGAAGGUCAUGAUGUUACACAUAGAAGCAUCAGUCAGGAUGCUUAGCAGGACCAAAAAGUGUCUUCAGGACUCAAGGAGAGAAUAGCUGGUAACCCAAGUCACAUGAUAUAUGAGCAAGUGGUUGAGAGUCAGGGCUCCUGUGUGCCAUACCUGUCUUCGCUACUGACUCACUAGGUGACCUUGGCGCGUGGCCGAACAACUGUUUUCCUAGACUUUUACUGAGUUGGAUGCCUGGUGCAGUGGAGCAGCUCAGCAUGGGCAGCAUCAUGGCUACCGGCCACCAGCCUGAGCCAGGACCUCGGCUUGCACCAACACGUCUCCUGGAAUCCUCGCCUGCCUUCCGUGCCCAGCUAACGUGAGUCACGCACUGAGCCCAUCCUUUGCCUGCUCCUUGCAACACGGAUGACAGAAACUAUCCAGCGAGAAUGGGAGCGCUCGAAUCCUCAAUGAGUUUUCUUUUAUUGCAUAAACCUUUUGGCUGUUUACAACCAAGUUGCUACACAGCUAUUGCCAGGGAAGUCCUUUCAGGUUGUGGUAAAGCGGCAUUAUGCCUGGGCUACCCUUUGCCUUCUUGUGUGUGUGCUGGAGCUGUGCUGUCAUUAUUAGUUCAGAAAACAGGACAGCAAUGCAUGAACAGUACAGGGAAAGGUUCUUCCAGAGCUCUUUUUCCCUAGCGGGCCCAGCAAAGCCAAUGGAAGGAUCCCCUGAUCCGGUGUGUUCUGACGUUGGAGGCCACGUGCUGCAGAGGGGUGCUGACACCUAGUAAAGUAACAUUUUUAAAAGAGGUUCAUUGAAGAGGAAAAAACCACCAGUGAUCUUACGGGAAGGACGACUAGAGGAGGCAAGGAAAGGGGAGCCCAGGGUUAAUGUGCCAUGUCUGUAGUUAGCAGGUACUAGAGGAGAGAAGUCAUCAGAAUUUGCUGUCUGCAAAGAUUUGGAAACCUGGGGAAACAUGUCUAAUGAACUUGAUUUCAGGUCCAUGUGCUUCCUGAAGAACGACAGCAUGAGCUUCUCGAAAUUCCCCUACACCAGUGAAGACGAAGCCUGGAAAAGCUACCUGGAGAACCCCCUGACAGCCGCCACUAAGGCCAUGAUGAGGGUGAACGGAGACGACGACAGCGUAGCUGCCCUGAGCCUCCUCUAUGACUACUACAUGGUCCCAAAGGAGAAGAGGAUCCUUCCACCUGGUAUGAUGGGACGCAAUGAACUGGGAAAAAGGAACUGUCACGGAAUGGAGUACGACCCCGAGAUCUCAUCCUUCGAGGGCUCUGCCCACCUCAUGAAGCUCCUGGCCGAAAACGCUUCUGGGACCCAAGAAUAUUCCGACCUGCCCAAGAAAAAUGGCUUGAGUCUAGAGGGUGUCCCCGUGCCCCUCAAGCCGGCCAUCCUGCUGCCCAGCACCAGCAAGCUGGAGCCCUCCCCCGAAAACUACACCAUCGCCUCGGGGGAUGUGUACGACAACGGCUCGCUGAGCUCCCUCUUCGAGACCAUCCAUGUGGUGCCACAGCAGCAGAGGUGGCAGCCAGACAGCACUUUCAAAGAUGAUCCGCAGGAGUCACUGCUCUUCGGUGAUAUCCUCAAAUCCCAGCCAGACCAGCCAUGCUCCGAGGGUUACCCUGCUGAUGGCGCGAAGAGGAGUGACUUUGAAUAUACCCUGGGCUCCCCCAAAGCCAUUCACAUCAAAUCUGGGGACUCGCCCAUGGCCUACCUCAACAAAGGACAGUUCUACCCAGUCACCCUGAGGACAGCUGGAGACGGCAAAUGUUUACACUUGUCCUCGAAUAAAGUGAAGAGCACUGUGAUGGUCGUUUUUGACAAUGAAAAGAAUCCAACGGAGCAGCUAAAGUUCUGGAAGCACUGGCAUUCGCGCCAGCCGACUGCCAAGCAGAGAGUCAUUGACGUUGCCGACUGUAAAGAAAACUUCAACACAGUGCAGCACAUUGAGGAGAUUGCAUACAACGCCUUGUCCUUCGUGUGGAAUGCUAACGAAGAAGCAAAGGUUUUUAUUGGGGUGAAUUGCCUGAGUACAGACUUCUCCUCCCAGAAAGGAGUGAAGGGCGUCCCUUUAAACCUCCAGAUCGACACCUAUGACUGUGGCCCUGGGACAAGCCGGCUGGUGCACCGAGCCGUCUGCCAGAUCAAGAUCUUCUGCGAUAAGGGAGCAGAGAGGAAAAUGCGGGACGAUGAGCGCAAGCAGUUCAGAAGGAAAGGGAAAUGUGUGGACUCCAAUAACAACGGUUUGAAAGGCUGUUUGCUGUCUGGCUUUCGAGGGAACGAAAUCACAUUCCUCAGGCCAGAGACGGAUUUAGAAACUGAGCCAGUCUUGUUUAUUCCAAACGUCCAUUUUUCAAAUUUUCAGAGAUGUGGUGUGAUGCUUCCUGCUGCUGCUGUUCCUAACAAUGUAAACAGGUUGCCAUUAAAACGGAGCUGUCCCUCAUUCUCGGAUGAGUUUGAUCCUUCACCUUCCAAACUAGCCAAAGAAGAAGAUGCCAAGAGAGUCUUGCUGUAUGUGCGGAGGGAAUCCGAGGAAGUAUUCGAUGCUCUCAUGUUGAAGACACCAGAUCUCCAAGGACUCAGGAAUGCUAUUUCAGAAAAAUAUGGGCUGCCUGAAGAAAGCAUCUAUAAAGUCUAUAAAAAGUGCAAACGAGGCAUCUUGGUGAACAUGGAUAACAACAUCAUCCAGCACUACAGCAACCACAUGGCUUUUUUACUGGACAUAGUGGAAGCAGAGGACAAAAUCCAGAUCAUCCUCAAGGAGCUCUAAAGAUCCCAGGGCUGCACUUACGCUGGGACUUCUCUCCCGAAGCCGGCGAGCUGGACCCAAACGGGACACAACCUCACGCCACGCCUCAUUGCCGGUACUUGAACACGUUCCCCUGGGGAGGAGAUGCUCAGCGCGAGGAAGUGCUUGGACAAUCCAUUCUCAAUGUGAACGUGGAACUUCUCGCCGUUGAAUUUAUUAUUAUUAAUUAUUAUUAUUAUUAUUAUUUGUAUUUUGUAUUUUCUUUCCCCCAGGCAACAGGUCGGAGCUUCUGUUUCACGGUUGGGAUAGCAGAUCUGCUAAUAGGGUUGUCCAAUGGCAGCCUACACACAGACAAACAAAUGCUUUUGUUCACCCCUUGUCUUGGUCUGUUGCUGAAUCGACCACAGGCAGCAGCUUUCUACUAAACCGUCAGUCAUGCAGAACCUUCAAACAGAGCUAAUCCCGGCCGGCAGCUCCUCGCUCCAAAGAGACUUUCUCAGAUGCAUUGAAACAUGGCUGCUAAACAGAUGCUGCCGGCUCUGGGCACGGCCCCUCCACCUCACCCCGGAUGUAAAUACCACUCGUCAGCCAUUUGUUUUAUACGUUUCUAAUGUACCCUUCCUUUUAUAUUUUGUAUAUGUAUAAAUAUGCCUCGUUUUAUAUUUGACCCAGCACCGGGACACUGAGAGCAUUUCAAAACCGGGCUGCUUCACAUUUCC